AUGUUGGGAAUACUGCAAGCGCUAUUUUGCUUCCGUCAACGAUACAUCGAGCUACCCAAAGCUGACCCGGUUCAGUGCGACGAAAAAAGACCAGCCUGCUCCAACUGUUCAAGCCAUCGGAUCGAGUGCGGGUAUCACGACACUGCAGAGCCAGUCAGAUCACAAACCCCAGAAUCUGCCACUGAGCGGCCAUGUCUGAGUCGACACCGAAAUUAUCGCCAUGCCGCAGGCAGACUCAAACACUCUUUCAAACUAUCCAAGAUUCAGCCACCGCAAUAUACCAAAUCGACUGGAAUACAAAGUAGCCUGUCAUCGGGCUUGACCAACGCCAUUUCCCUGACCGACCUACAACUCCUACACCAUUACACAAUCGACACAUACCAGACCAUGACGACUAGUCCAGAUCUCCAGACGAUGUGGCAGAAAACCCUCGUGCAAUGGGGGAUUGAAUUCCCAUACAUUCUACAUCUCAUUCUCGCUCUAUCUGCCCUCCAUCUGGCCCACGAACAGCCAGAUCUCCAAGAGCAAUACAUCCAACAAGCCGACGACCAUUUCAGUUUCGGAGUCCGAUCAGUUACAAGCGUGUUCUCCGAGCUGAACGCCGACAAUUGCCAGAGAGUUUACAUGUCCGCCGUUAUGAUAUGUUUUAUAUACUUCGGCAGAGGCCCACGGCCAGGACAAUACCUCAUCUUCAGCGACAGCGGACCGGCCGAGUGGGUGGUUCUUAUGCGCGGAGUGCGAUUAAUUGUUAUGUCUCACCGUGCGAAAGUCUUCAGUGGGGUUCUCGAGAUAAGACCCAAUAACCAGAGCCGGGACCUGACAGCCGAGAUGCGCGAUGGAUUGCACGAACAUACCAUCCAUACGGAAGCAGUCAGACAACUCGUUGAGAGGGAUAUGCCCGACGAUGAAACCCGUAGCAGACAUCUGGCUGUUAUUGAGGAUCUCUUCGAAAUCAUGCGCGAGGUUUACGAGAGACGAUCUGGCGGGUCUUCUGGUGUGGACUUGAUGGAUCUUGUAAUGGGAUGGUUUUAUCGUCUUUCUGAAGAGACGAUUGGAUUUUUAGAAAUGAAGGAGCCACACAUCCUUGUAAUACUGGCGCAUUGGGCUGUGCUUCUGAAAUACAUGGACUCGGCGUGGUUUAUGGAUGGCUGGGCUGAACAUAUGCUAUCGGGGAUUUCUACGUAUCUGCAUGAGGGCUUUCGUCCGUGGAUUAAGUGGCCGUUGAAAAAGGUGUACCAAACUCAGAUUGAAUAG